AUGCAACCGUUUUCUGUGGACUUGUCAAAGGUCAACAUCAGCCCUCCUGUCGUGCUGGUUGCGCAGUUUGGUGGGCCGCGGCCAAGCCUGCAAUGUUGGUGUCACGUGAUUCGCGCCGAGUCGUUGCCAGAGGAGACAUUCGUGGUGGAGGUCUCCCUGCUUGCCAACAAUGGUAAUGGCUGCGUUCUUGUCCGUGGGCGUUCAGAUGCACGAAGCGGCCCUGAUCCAGUCUACCAUAGCUCCGUGAACUUGGAUUGGGAUGACGAGGGCGAUAUGGCCUUCAACUGCCAGGUGAUUCGAACCGGCAUUGGCUUCAACGAGGACACUUUUGCCGAGCUGAAAGAGAAACUGCCACAGGCAGCAACAGCUCCUGUGGGCAGAUCCCGGCGGCUGGAACUUCGAUGCCUUGAUGGGACAGGCACGCACGCGGAGGUCAGCGUGCACUUCGCCACGGUCAUGCCAGAGGUCUCGUUGAGCAUCACGGCAUCUUCGGCAACUUGCCUGGCUCCAAAAAGUGAGGCUUGGAGUUUCAACCCCUUUGUGGAGGCGAGUGUCCACAGUCGCGACCCACGGCUUGGCAGCAUCGGACGCAGCGCUAAAGUAGCCACGGCACAGUCGGAAACUCUCACGAACUGCCAUGCAGACCCGCACUGGACACAGCCCAUGGUACUCAAGCUCGUGCCAGAGCCAGGGCUGUUCUUGCGGAUUGUGGUCUGCUCGGAGGCGCUCGGUGUCACAAGGGCCUGGGAUGAGCUGGCUGAGCUGGUGAUGGAGUUGCCUGAGGCAAUGAAGCUUGCACAGGGUUCGGUUGAGCGCAAAUGGGCGCUGACAAGGUUGAUUGACAUGAAGAGACACGGCGAGUCUGAAAUCUUCAUGAGCUUUGCGCAGGUAGGCGGCAACGUCGCCGUAUCAGCGUUUGAGAGCGUUGCCGACAAUAUCCACGGCUCUCUUCCCAUGGUUGCUGGAGGGACAGUGCAGCAGCAGGCUGCAUGGGACAACAGCCCUUCUCGUGCGCGACCCAAGCACACGACCAUGCAGGUUCCAAUUGCUGCAGGCUACACCCUACCACCGCAACCUCGUUUAGAAGGAAUGCAACACUUGGGGCAAGUGCUUCAAGCACAUGGACAAGCGGUCCCAGAUGUAGUAGCUCAGCGCUACGGGCCACCACAACAACCGAGGUUCCAAGACCUGCCUCCUCCACAAGCACCUCCAGCUGUUGCAUCACCGUCACCAGAGGAGCUGUCCCAGGCAUUGCAGCGAGCUCCUGCGCAAGGUGCCGUCGUGAAGGGCAACGUGCCCAUGAGCUUCUUCAGCGCUCCCGGCAAUCCCCACUUAGUCUGGCUUUCCCGUCGGUGA